AUGACUGAAAUACCUAUUUGCACAAAGACUUUUAAGUUGAAUAAUGGCACAUUCAUGCCUGCUGUUGGCCUUGGGACCUGGCAAGGACGUAUAGGCACAGACGAUGAGAAAGCCCUCGAAGAGUCCAUCAUCGUGGCUAUUCAGAAUGGUUACCGUCUCAUUGAUACGGCACAGUAUUACGGGAUAGAAUCAGUCGUAGGUCGUGCUGUCCGGAACAGUCGGGUGCCGAGAAGUGAGAUCACCGUGGUAUCCAAAUACUGGGGCCAUUAUCAUCACGACGUCGCUGCUGCUCUAGAGGUUUCGCUGAGAGAACUCGAUCUCGGCUAUGUUGACCUCUUCCUGAUGCAUUGGCCGUGGGCUAUGACGCCCGAUGGGAAGCCUCUCCGGAUUCACCGGUCACCGACAUUCUUGGAAACUUGGAAGCAGAUGGAAAGUCUGGUCGGCGACAAAUGCAAAGGAAUUGGGGUUUGCAACUUUACCCAAAAAACUCUGAGCAUGCUUCUUCAGCAUGCCGCAAUCGUACCAGCCGUCAACCAGGUCGAGCUUCACGCACUCAACCCCUGCCUCAAGCUGGUUCCAUACUGCCAGUCCAAAGGAAUCCAUGUGAUGGCCUGGGGAACCUUAGGGGGGGAUAGCAAAUUCGCCAAGGAUCACAUCCUUCAACACGAUGUUUUCACUAGCGUCGCCAGAAAGCACAACAUCUCGGCAAGUACCGUCUCCCUGUCGUGGGCGGUGCAACGGGGUGUGACUGUCAUCCCCAAGAGCAGCUUGAAGUCACGCAUUAGCAGCAAUAUUAGGAUUGUCAGUCUCGAUAACGAGGACAUGGGCGCCAUCAAUAGUGCACACAAUAAGAUUGGGGGCCAUAGAAUCUGCAAUAUUCAGAAUCAGCUGUGGGUUGAACUUGACGGUAAGAGGACUUUGCAAGGGUGGACAGAGGUCGACUUUGGCUGGGAGGAUUCAAAAGGCAACUGGUUGACAUAA